AUGUCCAAGAACCGUUUGAUGGCAAUUUUGAUUGCUUCUCUCGUUACUUUUUCUAUUGGAAGUAUGAUUAAUUAUUGGCGACUAUUCCAAGCAAAAGACAACACUCUAUGUUCAUCAUUCACAUCAUCACCAUCAUUCAAUUUAUCGUUUCCGAUAAGAAAUUCGCAUAUUGUUGGAAAUAUUUGUGUCGUAUCUUUUAUUGCUAUUUGUGAAAAGGAAUAUAUUGUCAGGUUGACCAAUCAAUUCAGGAAGAGAAAUGUUUAUUUUAUUCAAGGUCAUACCGAUUCACCAACAGAAACAUUACUCUGUCAUGAUGUCAACAAUGUUGCGGAAUUAGAAAAGACAAAUUAUUUGAUCGUACAUGGUCACAAUCUACCACCCCAUCCUGUGAUUGCCAAUUUCAUGAAUCAUGUACUAAAAAAGCACAAUGCAUAUUUUGCACACACAAAAGUUGUGAAUUUUGUUUUGGGAGAUGAGAAUUGUAAAUUCACAGACAGAAAUGUUUUGGAUAAUUAUAAUACUACCUUUAGAAAUUAUUGGAAUAGCAAAAUUCAAAAAAUGCAUGAAAAGUAUGGCAAUAUUCAUUAUUUGCCUCUUUAUACCUGUCAUCCAUUUCUAUCUCUUUCCAAUUUUCCGAGUUUACCAGAAGAAAUUGUCAAUAAUGAAGUGCUAUUACAGCAUAUUAUUGAUUUUCAAUUUUCUAAAAUCAUUCCAGCAUCAAAACGAAAGCAAUUUUGCUAUUUCAGAGGUCAACCAACUUAUGAAAGAAAAAAAUUGGAACAUUUGGCACCAGUGACAGUACUAGAAAAUGGAAUCGAAACAAAGAAACAAUUGUGCAAAAUAGAAUAUACAACUGGAUUUGCUGCAGGAGAUAAGCUUUCAUAUUCACUUUUUCUUGCCAAUACAGCAGUGAUAUUGUGCCCAACUGGAUCUAAUCCAGAUCAAUUUAGAGUGUGGGAAUCAUUAGAGAACGGUGCCAUUCCACUUCCAGAAAAUCUUGAAUCUUUUUCUGGAUUACCCAAAAAUCAUCCACUUCCUGUUGUAGAUGUUUCUCGACAAGAAUAUCACAAAAAAUUGGAGAGUGUUUUACCUGAACUUUAUUCUUUUACUCCUCAACAACUAGAUGAACUUCAAAGAAGAUUAUAUAAUUGGUGGUUCAGAUACAAGUUAGAAAUUGGACUUAAGGUUGCUAAAGCUCUAGACGCCUAA